CCUGUCACCGUGAGCUUCCCUUCAGCGAUGUCGUCCACAAAGAGGUAGGCAGGAAAAAUUCAGCAACUCGAUCGAUCGGUAUCGAUAGAUUCCGCGCGAUAAGAGUGGACAACAUCUGGUCAGCCUCAUCGAUCUUAGCCAUUUCCUUCGUUCGUUCGUUCAAACCUGUCGUAGCUAGCUAGCUAGUCUGAGGCGCUGAUCGAGCCCCGGCCGGUGCCGUUUCUUCCGUGCCGCCGCCGGCGACGAUGAGGUGGUUGGAGAGCGUGAAGAACCUGUUCGCCGACGGCGGCUGCUUGCCUCGGCUCGGGAGGAAGGACCCCGAGGAUCUGGACGACUCCUACCCGCCGGAGCCGGCCGAGAAACGGAGACGGUCGCGCCGCGCCGCCGCCCCAGCCGUGGAGGACGAGCCGCUCACCGUGGAGGUGCCGGCGGUGGCGCUCAAGGAGAUCAACGAGCUCACGGAGAACUUCGCCAGCGAGCGGCUGGUCGGGGAGGGGUCCUACGCCAAGGUGUACAAGGUCACGCUGCGGAGCGCCAGGCUCGCCGUGGUCAAGCGGCUCGAGAAGCCGUCCAAGCACGCCUCCAACGACGUCUUCCUCAGGCAGCUCUCCGUCGCCUCCAAGCUGCGCCACGAGAGCUUCGUCAGGCUGCUGGGGUACACCAUCAGCGGCGACCUCCGCGUGCUCGUCUACGAGUUCGCCACCAUGGGCACCCUCCACGACGCCCUCCACGGGCCGAGAGACGGCACGGCGGCGCGGGAGGAGGAGGACGCGAGGCCGGUGCUGAGCUGGGCGCACAGGGUGCAGAUCGCGCUCGACUCGGCCAGGGGGCUGGAGUACCUGCACGAGAAGGCGUCGCCGCGGGUCACGCACAAGGACGUGCGCUCCACUAACGUGCUGCUCUUCGACGGCAUGAGGGCCAAGAUCGCCGACUACAACAUGUUCAGCCAGGCCGCCGACAUGGCGCGACUCAACCGCUCCGAGCACACGCUCGGAUCAUUCGGCUACCAGGCGCCGGAGUACGCCAUGACGGGUCUGAUGACCGACAAGAGCGACGUGUACAGCUUCGGCAUCGUUCUACUGGAGUUGCUGACGGGCAGGAAGCCGUUGGACCGGACGUUGCCCCAGGGGCAGCGAAGCCUGGUCAAUUGGGCAUCUCCUCUGCUGACUGAAGACAGAGCUCAGGAAUGCAUCGACCCCAGGCUCGGCAACCGGUACCCUCCUACCGGAGCUCUCAAGCUGGGGAGAAUUGCUGUGCAGUGCCUCCAGUACGAUCCCACCUACCGGCCGUCCAUGGGCACCAUCGCUCGCGUCAUCAACUACGCUGUUGUGCGAGACCAGCAGGGCGUGGUCUGAUGAUCGUGUGGGGAGAAGUUUUUUGCCGUUGCACGCCCUGUUGCCUGUAUGUAGCAGUUGCCACGCAAAAGAAGUUUAGAGUUUUGGUUGAAUGUAAGCUGUUUCCUGUCGACAGAAACAGUGUAGAACAAUUUAUCUUGGACGUUUCUGAAGCACAAGCACAUUUGUAUAGGUGGUAAUGAUAAAAUGAUCAUAUUUAGAUUUU